GCUCUCCUCCUCCCCUUUCUCUAGCAGUAGCCUUCUUAAUGUAGUUUAAUGGCUUUACAAAGAAAGCCAGGCAGAGGAGCACUUCUCAGUGGCUGUGGUCGGACCAUGACCUAGCUGACCAUGAACUUGGAAGGGCUUGAAAUGAUAGCAGUUCUGAUCGUCAUUGUGCUUUUUGUUAAAUUAUUGGAACAGUUUGGGCUGAUUGAAGCAGGUUUAGAAGACAGCGUGGAAGAUGAACUGGAGAUGGCCACUGUCAGGCAUCGGCCUGAGGCCCUUGAGCUUCUGGAAGCCCAGAGCAAAUUUACCAAGAAAGAGCUUCAGAUCCUUUACAGAGGAUUUAAGAACGAAUGCCCCAGCGGUGUUGUUAAUGAAGAAACCUUCAAAGAGAUUUACUCGCAGUUCUUUCCACAGGGAGACUCUACAACAUAUGCACACUUUCUGUUCAAUGCGUUUGAUACGGACCACAAUGGAGCUGUGAGUUUCGAGGAUUUCAUCAAAGGUCUUUCCAUUUUGCUCCGGGGGACAGUACAAGAAAAACUCAAUUGGGCAUUUAAUCUGUAUGAUAUAAAUAAAGAUGGCUACAUCACUAAAGAGGAAAUGCUUGAUAUAAUGAAAGCAAUAUACGACAUGAUGGGUAAAUGUACAUAUCCUGUCCUCAAAGAAGAUGCUCCCAGACAACAUGUCGAAACAUUUUUUCAGAAAAUGGACAAAAAUAAAGAUGGGGUUGUUACCAUAGAUGAGUUCAUUGAAAGCUGCCAAAAAGAUGAAAACAUAAUGCGCUCCAUGCAGCUCUUUGAAAAUGUGAUUUAACUUGUCAACUAGAUCCUGAAUCCAACAGACAAAUGUGAACUAUUCUACCACCCUUAAAGUCGGAGCUACCACUUUUAGCAUAGAUUGCUCAGCUUGACACUGAAGCAUAUUAUGCAAACAAGCUUUGUUUUAAUAUAAAGCAAUCCCCAAAAGAUUUGAGUUUCUCAGUUAUAAACUUGCAUCCUUUCCAUAACGCCACUGAGUUCAUGGGAUGUUCUAACUCAUUUCAUACUCUGUGAAUAUUCAAAAGUAAUAGAAUCUGGCAUAUAGUUUUACUGAUUCCUUAGCCAUGGGAUUAUUGAGGCUUUCACAUAUCAGUGAUUUUAAAAUACCAGUGUUUUUUGCUACUCAUUUGUAUGUAUUCAGUCCUAGGAUUUUGAAUGGUUUUCUAAUAUACUGACAUCUGCAUUUAAUUUCCAGAAAUUAAAUUAAUUUUCAUGUCUGAAUGCUGUAAUUCCAUUUAUAUACUUUAAGUAAACAAAUAAGAUUACUACAAUUAAACACAUAGUUCCAGUUUCUAUGGCCUUCCUUCCCACCUUCUAUUAGAAAUUAAUUUUAUCUCGUAUUUUUAAACAUUUAAAAAUUUAUCAUCAGAUAUCAGCAUAUGCCUAAUAAAACUUAUUAAGCAUUUAAUUUUCCAUCAUACAUUAUAGCCAAGGCCUAUAUACUAUAUAUAAUUUUGGAUUUGUUUAAUCUUACAGGCUGUUUUCCAUUGUAUCAUCAAGUGGAAGUUCAAGACGGCAUCAAACAAAACAAGGAUGUUUACAGACAUAUGCAAAGGGUCAGGAUAUCUAUCCUCCAGUAUAUGUUAAUGCUUAAUAACAAGUAAUCCUAACAGCAUUAAAGGCCAAAUCUGUCCUCUUUCCCCUGACUUCCUUACAGCAUGUUUAUAUUACAAGCCAUUCAGGGACAAAGAAACCUUGACUACCCCACUGUCUACUAGGAACGAACAAACAGCAAGCAAAAUUCACUUUGAAAGCACCAGUGGUUCCAUUACAUUGACAACUACUACCAAGAUUCAGUAGAAAAUAAGUGCUCAACAACUAAUCCAGAUUACAAUAUGAUUUAGUGCAUCAUAAAAUUCCAACAAUUCAGAUUAUUUUUAAUCAUCUCAGCCAAAACCGUAAAGUUGCCACAUUACUAAAGACACACACAUCGUCCCUAUUUUGUAGAAAUAUCACAAAGACCAAGAGGCUACAGAAGGAGGAAAUUUGCAACUGUCUUUGCAACAAUAAAUCAGGUAUCUAUUCUGGUGUAGAGAUAGGAUGUUGAAAGCUGCCCUGCUAUCACCAGUGUAGAAAUUAAGAGUAGUACAAUACAUGUACACUGAAAUUUGCCAUCGCGUGUUUGUGUAAACUCAAUGUGCACAUUUUGUAUUUCAAAAAGAAAAAAUAAAAGCAAAAUAAAAUGUUUAUAA